AUGCGUGUGACGUUCCUGUUUUCUGGAAUCUGCCACUUAAUUUUGAGGUGGGAGGCCUUGGGAUGGUUCCUCUUCUUUGCUGGGAAUGUAGCAGCAGCAUUUGGCUCAGCUUACUAUCACCUCAAGCAAGAUGAUGACCGCUUAACUUGGGACAGGUUGCCGGUAUCUAAAUAUUACUUUCUUUCUGCCAUCUUUCCCUCUGCUAUGAUGAUAUCAGCCUCCUCACUUUUGUCUAUAUUAGCAAUUGAAAGAGUUGAUGAGAGGGCUGGGCUAUAUUGUUUGAUCUCACUCUUAUCUCUUCUAUUAGUGAGCAGUGCAUGUGAAAGGGUUCUUGAUGAUAUGCGUUUAUGGGUGAUUAUGAGUUUUGUUCCUUGCAUUGCAAUUCCUGCAAUGCUAUUCUUGUUUCCUCCCAAGUAUACACAUUCAAGAUUUUGGUUCCUUGCUACAGGUUUUUACCUUCUGGCAAGAUUCGAAGGCCUUGCUGACAGAAAGGUUUACAGCGUGAACCGGUACUUCAUUAGCGGCCAUUCCUUGGAGCACCUUUGCUUUGCCGUGGUGACGUUGAUACUAACUGUGAUGUUGUCCUUCAGAAAUAUUAAGAUUGCCAGGUACCCAGAUUAACAUAUGUUUAU